CUUGGGUUAGUUUAGUUUACAAAUACACAGGAUGCGGAGCUAGUGCCGGAAAUUAGUGAUUGUAGCAGGAUAAUGUACAUAAUUCGAUGGCGAUGAGUUGGACACCGGCCAGAGAUAGGGAGAAGUAUGGCGUAGCCAUCUAUAACUUCAGUGGCAUUAAUGACUCCUGUAUAAAACUUAAUGUUGGUGAUACUGUUCAAAUUUUGGAGGAGUUGGGAGGCUGGUACUUCGGAUACGCCCACUACAACAAGGCACUCCGAGGUGUAUUCCCCAAGUCUUUCAUACAGAUUCGAGAUUGUGUUGUUGACAAAACUGGCCCAGUUGAGGUAGUUACUGCUCGUCUCCCACACAUUGUUCAGGAAGUCACUGCUGUGCUACGAGAAUGGGGGGUUUUGUUACGAAAGCUUUAUUUGGAGAGAAGCAAGGACUUCACCCUUUUACGGGAUACUAUGAAAGAGCUGAUAGCCCUCCGCAGCAGGAUCCUAUCUGGCCAGUUGCCUGGGGAUGAACUCAAACAACUCAAGUACCGAAUUACACAUGGAAUUGAUCAAGUUAAUGCGCAGCUGGGGCUUGAUUUAGUAGUUCGAGAUGAAAGUGGAAACAUCCUCAAACAUGACAUUACCUCUGCGGUCAAGCUCUUCCGACACCAUGAUGAAGCUGCAGAGCGGCUUCGUAAGAAUGAAUCGUCUAAUACAAGAGUGCCAUCUGUGAGACGAAAACCACACUUAGCAUGGACUGCUCAUGUGUCAAUUAAAAAUAUUAUCAUUAAAGUUCCUGAACCUUCCGAGAUCUCACUUGGGUUAUACACUGGUGAUCCUCGGGAAGGCAGAGAAAAGCCACUCACUGAAGCAUUUGUCAUUCCAUGGACCGAUGAUGGAUAUAAUGGUCAUCCAGAUCUGCUUCUCAAGUUGCAAUGUCUUUUUACGGAUUUAAGCACAGCAGCUUUAGAUGAAAAUAAUCUGUGGUUGAUAGGUUCGGUUAUUCGUCUGGGGUCAAUGGCCAGUAAAGAAGUAGAUCCUCGUAGAAUCUCAUCAGUAUCAGGAAAGAAAAUUACUUCUAAUGAUUCAAUGAGAAGGCCUUUUGGUAUUGUUAUGCUGGAUAUGACAAAUAUCAUCAAGCAACAAAGAAGCAGUACUAGGUCGACUAAUGAUGGACAAGAAGAAGCCCAGUUCUUCGCUGUAUUCAACCCGUGAGUUUUGUUACACAUUCUU